ACCAAGAGACGUUUUAAAUUUGUUGUGUUUUCUUUCUAUAAAAAAGAGAGGAAACGAUGAAGCCAAACAAAACUCACUCACAAGUGACACCUCUCAAAAAUCGGAAGAAGAAAACAAAAGAAAAAGUGAUGACUGUCGAACAUCUCCAAGAUCAGCAGAGUGCGUCUGCAAGCGACGAAGAUUCCGUUGAAAACUCUUUGUCGUCUGAAGAAGAAGAAGAAACCGAUUCCAAAAAGGGUGAAACUUCCAAGACAAGGGCAAACUCUUCGUCUCCAGUCACCAAGCCACCUCCCGCAGAUUCGAACAAGGUUGAAACUUCCAAGAAGCGCUCUAGUGAGACAGAUGAAGGAGAAGAAGCGAAGAGGGUUAAGAGGGUUUCACUUUCAGGAGACGGCGACAACAAAAAGAGUACAUCUUCCUCGGAAGAAGAAACCGAUUCUGAAUCCGAAACCGAGUCGGUCGCAGAUUCCAAAAUUGUUGAGACUUCCUCUAAGCCCAAGACCACGGCAAACUCUUUGUCGGAAGUAGCAACUGUUUCUUCCAGCUACGAAGAUUCCUCUUCCUCGUCGGGAGAUGAAGAAACUGAUCCCCCUGUCCCGAAUCCAGUUGUGGAACCUCCAGCAGAUUCCAGCAGAAAGGUGGUUGAAGCUUCCUCGAAGAAGCAGCCAUCUAUUGAGACAGAUGAAGGAGAAGCAAAGAGGGACACUAAGAAAAACUAUUUCCAGAGAGUUUGGACCGAGGAAGACGAGAUUGUUAUUUUACAAGGGAUUAUCGACUACCAAUUCGAAACUGGGUCAAACCCUUUUGAUGACAAGAACGCUUUAUAUGAGCUCCUGAAGAAAUCUGUCAGUUUUAAUCCUACCAAAAUCCAGUUCUUGGAGAAGAUCAGGGGCUUAAAGAAGAAGUUUGACAGCAAUCUUGGAAAAGAGAAGAAGAAAGGAGAAGAGUUGGUGUUUUCUAAAUCUCACGAUCUUGAGGCUUUUCGUUUGUCAAAGUUUGUUUGGAAAGAUCAUGAUGGUAUCACGGCUAAUGCCAUUGGAGUUGAGCCUGCUGUGUUGAAGCUUGUUGAGCCAAAGCAAGGGUCUGUUUCACUUGUUGAGUCAGUAACUCGUUUCGGUAUGGAUGGUCUUGUUGCUAAAAAAGGUUGGAGUAGGCUUUCAUCAGAGGAUAAGAAGAGUCUUGAGGAGGAAUGGGAAGCAUUGGCGCUUGAAGAAUUCAAGUUCUACUCUAGAAAGAGCCGUAUCAUUCAUGAUGCGAUUGCAAAGAUGGCUGAAGCUUCCCAACCAGACCAUUAGAUUUAUUAUUCUAAGAUUGGUUAUUUGAGUAUCUCUUCUAAACUCUACUCUCGUGACUUCCAUCUGUGUUGAAAGGCACCCAAAGGACUUUUUAUUAUCUAGAUUUUGUUCUUCUUGAUUGAUUAUGUUGGAAUCAUCACAUUUUUUUCAAGUUUGAUUUUGGUUCCUUGCUAUCUUCUAUCAAACUAUAACACAGCGUUUACUUGGUUUA